AAUAAUAAUCUAAAUAACAUAAUGUAUCAUAUUUAUUGCCUAUUUGGUUUAAUCAUUUUGGCCAAUAUUUGUUUCAUCGUUGUUGUUACACCUGUAGCAGCAGCUGAAGAUGAAAAUAUGGAAAAAAUAUCUACCCUAGUGCCAGUAUUCAUCAGUAAAGGCGGAAACAUUGUCGAACGAGAAAAUGCUGAAAUACGUUUGCCUUGUGAGAUUAAAGAUCUGGGUGAACAUGCUUUUAUGUGGAAAUUCAAUACAAAAUUUUUAUAUGUCGGUAAUCUAACCAUACAACAAUUGAAUGGUGUUGAAAAGGAUACAUCAUCCAAUGGUAUUAUAAUUAAACGAUUGAACAAUGAUCUUACUGGUAUUUAUAGGUGUGAGAUUAGCUCAAAUCCACCUCGUAUGAUUCAAUAUAAUGUAUCAAUGCAUACUGCACCAGUAAUCAUACCGAAUCCGGCCAACAAAGACAAUAAGGUGGUCGUAUCACAGGAUCAACCAUUGGUAUUACAUUGUAACAUUGCUACAUCAUCAUCAUUAUUGCCGACAACAUUUCAAUGGAAACAUAAUUCAAAAGUGAUAGAAUUGAAUCGAACAGAAUUUGUUAUCCAAACUACACAAUUAUCUGAUGCUGGUGAUGUUAUUUGUGAAGCUCGUAAUGAAAUUGGCAGUCGUUCCCAUACAUUCAAAGUGAUUGUUCAAGCCAAACCAGUCAUAACACUUUCGGAACAAAUUGUACAUGGACCAGUUGGUACUGAUGUUGAGAUAAAAUGUAUGGCUGAAGCAUAUCCAUUUGCCAAUAUUGAAUGGUAUUAUAAUUCGAAUCAACCGAUUCAUGUUUCAAGCAAACAUAAAAUUGUCAAUAAUAUGAAUGAACAUUCAUCAACAUUGACCAUUUUCAAUGUUGGACCUAAAGAUCAUCAAGAUUAUUUCUGUUUAGCGGUCAAUUCUUUGGGCGAAGAAAAAGCUUAUUUUGCAGUGACUGGCCGACCAUCUAAACCGAAAUUUACUAGUCCAAAAGUCAGCCAUAAUGGUGAUACUUAUCAAUUGGAAUGGGUCACUUUUUCACAACCACCAAUCAAAAAUACAACAUUAAGAGUUCGAGAAAUUGAUCAUGUGAAUGGACAACCAGGUGAAUGGCAGAUAAUAAAUGUUGAACCUACAGUUUCGGAUGCCACAGCAAUGAAAACUCGAGAACCACGUCGUCGACAGACAUACAUGUUGGAAAAUCUUGCACAAGAUAAAAGUUAUGAAGUUGAUGUUGCAGUAGCCAAUGACUUUGGCACCACAAAAAGUGAUGUAUUUGUAUUCUCUACUUCCGAUUUCACCAGUGCUGAUGCUAAAUCAUUAGGAAUGAAUUUCAUAAUGAUGAUAUUCAUGUUUUUGUUGAUCUCGGUGAUUGCUUAAUUUCUUCUGUUUUCGUCAUCUUUUCAUCUGUUUGGAUUAAUCAAUGCACACAAAUCUUUUAUUGCUGCUAAAUUUUUUAAAUUACUAAUCACGGAAUUAAUAAAGCGCCCAAAUACAUCAUCAUCAUUAUUAUAUUUUCUGGCGAAAUCAAACAUCUCAUCAUAACAAUUAUACAAUUCAAAUUCAAUGAUUUAUGGCUAAGUCAUCACCAGUGGC